GAUCUGAACUAUAAACAAACUAGUCGGUCCUAGACUUGAUGAAGUGUUUUGAAUAUUGAAAGUACGAAUAUAAUGUAUUAUCAGGUUGCAAUUCUUCACCGUCUAGCUUAAGCACUUAAAAGUUAACUAUAUGGAUCAAGUUAACAAUAACGUUCUACAGAAAAAUAAGCGUAAAUUAAUGGACUUAGUUGACUCAAUUUGAAGUUUGGGUACUCUAUAGAUGAAGAUAAUAAAAAGUAAGGGAUCAAAAAGUGUGGUUGUGGACCCCACUUUGUCUGAAUCGGUGCUGCUGGUACUUGGGCGCGAAUUUCUAAACCUAGCCCUCCGCUUCUUCGCUCCACCAAAAUCCCAUUUGGCGGGAGAGUGAAGACUGAAGAACAGAGAGAGUGAGAGAUGAGCUCGUCGGCGGUGGAACCAGAAGCCGCCGAUUUGGUUUGCCAACUCGAGAACGUCCAAGGCAUGGUCGACUCCCUCUCCGCAGUCCGCUGGAAGCGCCACCAGGACGCGGUGGUGGAAUUGUCGGAGCAUGGAAUCGUGUUGAUCCUGGAGGAGAGCAACUGUCUUCAAGCCAAAGUCUAUCUUCGCAAGGAGCUUUUCGCUCAAUAUGAUUACAAUGCGGAAGAGCGGCCGCGGUUUGGAGUUAGCUUGGGCCUGUUCGUCGAUUGCUUGAGCACAUUUACUGUUCCUGGGCGUGCCACGGCUAUUGAGAUUCGAUAUCCUGGACCUGACAUGCAGCUUCUUCUCAAAUCUCUUGAUUCAUCAGAUGCUUGCAUCUAUGCGGAGAUCAGGACGAUAAUCCCGGACACAGUUUCCUGGGACUACAACUUUGAACCUGCUGGAAGUGUGCCAUUAAGUUUUACUGUGAAGUCUGCAGCGCUGAAAGAAGCCAUCGACGAUCUCGAAUGGCCUGGUUCCAGCAUACGCAUCAACCUCAAACCAGCACCUCCAUCCGUCUCCUUCAGAGGAGAAGGGCAUGGAGAUUUGCAGAUUGAUCUCAUGUACAAUGCAAAUAGUGAUCUGUUACUAGACUUCAACUGCAACCGCCCAGUGUCCCACAGAUACAAGUACAAGUUUCUCCGGGCAACAACAUCCAAUCUACCGAGCAGCGUGAUGAAGGAGAAUCGAGGAAGCAAACUCACCAUUGGCAGAGGCGGAAUGUUGAAAGUUCAGCAUCUGGUGCCAGUUGGGAGAGCACCAUUUCCAAAUCCACAUGUUAUUGAUUCAGCUUCCCAUCAACAGCAGCCUGGCCGAAUUGCUUACAUCGAGUUCUUCGUGAAGCCUGAGGAAGAGGAAGAUGAUGCCAGGAAUGAUUGAUUGAUCAGUCAAUGUAUGAACUAUGAACUGUUUCUCUUUGACCAUAGAUGAACUUCUCCAUGUAGUGGUAUCUAGCAUGAAAUGUAUAGGAAAAUAGUACUCUUAAAGACAGUUGUGACACCAGAGUAAAACUGUAACUCCGUUGACGAAUCAUACAAAAGUCACACUAAAGUGUAAAAACAUUU